GAACGGUUUAAAUGUAUAUUUCCAGACGAAUUCCAGUCGAAAGAGUGCGAGGAGUAUCGAAGACUCGAUUACGCCAUUCGUCCCGUCGACCGAUCGUGUAACAUUCCGAGCAAAUAUCGAGACAUUUUUUCUUGUCGUUCGUUGACAUCGAACUUAUUGCGGGGAAAAUGGCCGAACCUAUAAAUGUUGUGGUUACCGGUGCUGCCGGGCAAAUCGCUUAUUCUCUACUGUACCAGAUUGCUGCUGGUACAGUUUUUGGCCCCGAACAACCCGUCAAUCUGCGUUUACUGGAUAUUCCAGUUAUGAUGAAGGUGUUGGACGGUGUAGUUAUGGAAUUGGAGGACUUGGCACUUCCUUUGUUACAUGAGGUUCUGCCAACGGCCGAGCCCGCCAAAGCCUUUGAUAACGUAGCGGCCGCCUUUUUGGUUGGCGCGAUGCCACGGAAAGAAGGAAUGGAACGUAAGGAUCUUUUGGCUGCGAAUGUGGAGAUUUUCAAGGUGCAGGGCGAGGCGUUAGACAAGUUCGCUCGUAAGGAUGUCAAGGUGCUGGUCGUAGGCAACCCUGCUAACACCAACGCGCUCAUCUGUUCGCACUACGCGCCUUCGAUCCCGAAAGAAAACUUCACUGCUAUGACCAGAUUGGAUCAGAACAGAGCGCAGGCAGCGUUAGCCGCACGAUUAAGUGUACAGGUCGAUAACGUGAAGAACGUCAUUAUCUGGGGGAAUCAUAGUUCCACGCAAUACCCGGACGCAGCGCAUGCGACCGUAGCGCGAUCACUCGACGUGAAGCCCGUCCUGUCUGAGAUCAACGACGACGAAUGGUUGAACAAGACUUUCGUAGAGACGAUUCAGAAGCGCGGCGCCGCCGUGAUAGCCGCCAGGAAAAUGUCGUCCGCUAUGUCCGCCGCGAAAGCUGCCGGCGACCAUAUGAGAGACUGGUGGUUCGGCACCAAAGCCGGCGAGUGGGUGAGCAUGGGCGUCGUGUCCGACGGGAGUUACGGGAUCCCAAAAGACAUCGUCUUCUCCUUCCCUGUCGUUAUCAAAGACAAGCGAUACGAAAUCGUACAGAAUCUUCCAAUCAGCAGCUUCGCGAAGUCGAAGCUGGAUAUCACGUCCAAGGAACUGGAGGAGGAGCGCGCCGAGGCGAACAAUGUGCUGAAAAAGUGACUAGCAGUGGCGCAGUACGAUGAAACGCAGGCCGGCGGCUUCGUGUCGGCGAAACUGUGACGAGUAUCAAGUCGUCACAACGCCGUACGGGAUAUAUAUGUACAUAUACACAACGUAUAUAUGUAUAUAUAUAUAUAUAUAUACUUCGGUGUGUAAACACCAUGUAAACAGUUAUUUUUCCAGCGGUAUAAUUUAGAAGGGUGAUUUUGCGACUCGGUAUGUUGGGUAUUACACGGGUGAAUCAUUGGUGCAAUAUGAAUGAUCAGCAUGCGUUAUUUACGUAAAGUACAGGCUGGUCUGCGCGUACAUGAAUAUAUAUAUAUAUA